UCAUCAACAAUUUAGAUUUCAUUAGUUGCUUUCAUGUUGAAUAAUUAGCAGUUUGUUGAGACUGCGUUCUCAUUUUGUAAGACCAAAAAUCCGAUCGUUUUUAAAUUUAAUUUCAUUUUCCUCUGACAAUUUAAAGCUUAUAGGCUCAUCUAUAUAUCACAGUUAAUAUAAAAUCUUAAUUGUUGAGAGAAAAACUGAAACAAACUGAUUCAGUUUGAUUAAUUUCCUUGUAAUCAACACAAUCAACAUCGAUCAACUUUUAUUAUAAAAGAAAAAAGUUUCUUUCAAACUUUUGAUUUUCGAUUUUUUUUUUUCUUGUUAAUUGUUUUGAUUGUUUUCUAGUGAUUUAAUUGUUAAUCAAGUGUGAUUGUAAUUGAGAUCACAGUUUACAAUCGUAGUUAAAGGAGAAAAGUUUUUACUUCUUGAUUAACUUAAUCAUCUUCCAAUUUUUAAUUCUCAAUUCAACUUUCGAUCAACUUUAAUCACAAUGUCCAAAGAUUUACUAGUCGAAGGAUCAAUUUUCGGUAUUGGUAAUCCAUUACUCGAUAUCUCAGCCAAUGUUAAUGAUGAAUUCUUACAAAAGUGGCAAUUACCUAAAAAUGGAGCCAUUGUUGCCGGUAAAACACAAGAAAAUUUAUAUGAAGAUUUAAUUAAUUCUUUUGAAAUUGAUUAUUCGGCUGGUGGUGCCUGUCAGAAUACCCUUCGUUUUGUCCAAUGGAUUAUUGGUAAAAACACUUCAGUCACAACCUUUGUUGGUUGUAUUGGUAACGAUUAUUUUGGUCGGAUGAUGGAGAAAAAAGCAAAAGGUGAAGGUGUUAAAGUCUUAUACCAUAUAGACAAGUCCAUAGCAACCGGAACUUGUGCUGUUCUAAUCACUGACCAUGGUAAGAAUAGGUCACUUUGUGCUUACCUUGGUGCUGCUGAGAAGUUGAACAAAGAAGCGGUUAUUCGUAAUUGGCAUUGGGUUGAUAAGGCGAGAGUUUAUUACUCUACAGGUCACAUUCUCUCGGUUACACCGGAUUCGGUUAUUGCCAUUGCUCAUCAAACAAACGUUGACAAAUUUACCGAUAAAAAGUUCAUGUUCAAUUUGGCCGCUACUUAUGUUAGUGAGAAACAUGGAGACAAAUUAAUGGAGGUUUUACCAUAUAUCGAUUUUAUGUUCGGCAAUGAAGAGGAAACUUUGGCCUUUGCUAAAUUUAGAGGUUAUGGAACAACAGAUAUGAAAGAGAUUGCAAAAAAAAUCGCCAAUGAGCCCAAGACAAGUAGAGGACCUCGAAUUGCUGUUGCUACCCAAGGAUCAAAACCCGUUCUGGUCGCUACUCAAGGAUCGGAUAAAGUUGUUGAAUAUCCAGUUAUCCAAUUAGACGAGGAGAAAAUAAUUGAUACCAAUGGAGCAGGAGAUGCUUUUACUGGAGGUUUUCUUGCCAUGUACAUUCAAGAAAAGCCGUUCGAUGUUUGCAUAAAGUGUGGAAUCUAUUGUGCUACUGAAUGUAUUCAGCGACUUGGUUGUACUUUCCCAAAGGAAUUUAAAUUCGCCCCAUAAUCUUAAUCAAUUGUUUUCAUUGUUAUUCGCAUCAUUUCAAGUCUUUUUUUUGUUCCAAAUCAAUGGAAAAUUGUCCAAAGACUAAUCAAUACUCAACCCAUGAUCUUUUCUCUCCCUCAUUUCAUGAUCAUCUCUCUCUCUCACUCUGGUCAAAAGGCAAACCUAAUAGUCGAAUAAUUGUUUCUUCGAUUCCUUCAUUUUCUCUCCAUUUUUACACUCACCUUUUCUCAUUCUCUUUCUUAGAUUAUUAUUAUGUAAAAUUAGACCAUAUCGUCCAUUAAUUAUUUAGAUUAUCUCACAUAGACAGUCAAAGAAAAGCUGUAUUACCCUGAAUUUCGUAAUUCUAGUUUGCUGAUACGACCCAAUUAAACUCUCGGAUAAAAGUUAAAAAUUGACACUCACCCGUUGAUAAAACCGUGAGAAAUCAACAUGUAGCCGAUUAAUAAUCUUGUUAAUCAACAAGAAUGAAUGAAUCAUGAGAAUUAUGAGUUGGAACAGAAAAAAAAUUCAGAAGUUUCCUUAUUCCAGAAACGAAACAAACUCUUCAAUAAAUAGUCGAAUCAAUAAAAUCAAUCACAAUCGAA